UGCCUCCCCGUGUCCCCGCAGAGCCCCCGUCGGCCCCCGCCAUGGCUCAGACGCUGCAGAUGGAGAUCCCCAACUUCGGCAACAGCAUCCUGGAGUGCCUCAACGAGCAGCGGCUGCAGGGGCUGUACUGCGACGUCUCGGUGGUGGUGAAGGGCCACGCGUUCAAGGCGCACCGCGCCGUGCUGGCCGCCAGCAGCUCCUACUUUCGGGACCUUUUCAACAGCAGCAAGAGCGCCGUGGUGGAGCUGCCGGCCGCCGUCCAGCCCCAGUCCUUCCAGCAGAUCCUCAGCUUCUGCUACACGGGGCGCCUCAGCAUGAACGUGGGCGACCAGUUCCUGCUGAUGUACACGGCGGGCUUCCUGCAGAUCCAGGAGAUCAUGGAGAAGGGGACUGAGUUCUUCCUCAAGGUCAGCUCGCCCAGCUGCGACUCGCAGGGGCUGCACGGCGAGGAGGCGCCCUCCUCCGAGCCCCAGAGCCCGGUGGCGCAGACCUCGGGGUGGCCCUCGGGCGCCGCCGCGCUGCCGCUGGUGUCGCGGGUGAAGACGGAGCAGGGCGAGCCCGACGGCGUGCAGUGCACCUUCGUGGUCAAGCGCCUGUGGGACGGGGGCCCCAAGGACGGCGGCGGCGGCGGCAACGGCAGCCGCAAGAUGGCCAAGUUCUCGGCGCCCGAAGCCGGCCGCCAGCCCCCGGCGCCGGCACCGGGAGCGGCCCCAGCGCCGGCGCCCGGCCCCAGCGCCGCCGACCAGACCAGCCCCGGCGGCACCUCGAGCGCCUACACCAGCGACAGCCCCGGCUCCUUCCACAACGAGGAGGACGAGGAGGAGGACGCGGGCGAGGAAGGCUCGGACGAGCAGUACCGCCAGAUCUGCAACAUGUACACCAUGUACAGCAUGAUGAAUGUAGGGCAGGCAGGUGAGGCCCCGCCCACCGGGCCGCGCGGGGGCGUGGCCGCGGAGGGCACGCCCGUUUGGGGUGGGGUCACGGCGAGCCCCGCCCCUUGGGUGUGGUCGGGGAGGCCCCACCCAUUUGGAGGUCAAGGGGGUGCUGGGCGGCCCCAUGGGGCUGAG